AUGCCUCGUCAAUCUUCUCCUCUGAGCAAGGCUCUUGUGAGCUUGCUGCCUUUGGCUUCUGCAGCUUCUCUCAACUCUGACUACAGCUUCAACCCUCUUCAUCACCUUACCGGAAUUGCACCCUACUUCGAGUCCCAAGAUCCUCCCGUUUCUCCCGAUGCGCCUCAGGGCUGCACUGCCGAGCGCGCUGCCUACUUGGUGCGACAUGCUGCCAUCUACGCGAACGACUUCGACUUCGAGGAGUACAUUGAGCCCUUCAUUGAGAAGCUCGGAAACAAGACUGGCGUGGACUGGAGCAAGAUUCCUUACCUGAACUUCCUUGCCGACUGGGAGGCUCCCAUCUCCGAUGCUGAAGUGUCCCUCCUGACCAACCUUGGUCGUCUGGAGGCUACUCGCUUGGGAGUCGACCUCGAGUUCCGAUACCCCGAGUUCAAGCAGCCCAAGAAGGUGUGGACAUCCACUGCUGAGCGAACUGUCAAGUCUGCUCAGUCUUUUGUCCGAGGUCUCCAGGCCGACGAUACCUCUAUCAAGGUUGAGCAGAUCUACGAGUCGGAGGAGUCUGGAGCCGACAGCUUGACCCCCUACAAGGCUUGCCCUGCUUACUCUGGCUCCACUGGUAGCGAGGAGUCUGCCGAGUACCAGGAGAAGUAUGCUAAGCCCAUUGUCGAGCGCUUUAAUGCUCUUGCGUCCGACUUCAACUUCACUGUCAGCGACAUCUUCGGCAUGCAGCAGCUUUGUGGAUACGAGACCGUCGUUCGCGGCAAGUCUCCUUUCUGCAACCUUGAGCUCUUCACUCCCGAUGAUUGGCUUGGCUGGGAGUACUCUGAGGAUGUCCGUUACCACUACAAUGCUGGCUACGGUAACGAGGUUUCUGGCUACGUUGGCAUGCCCUGGCUGAACUCUACCGCCAACCUCCUCAUGAACGACAAUUCUGACGAGGAUCUCUACGUCUCCUUUACGCAUAGGGAGUUGCCCCCGAUGACCUUGGUCGCCAUGGGCCUCUUCAACAACUCUGAGCCCGGCGGUAGCGAGUCCCAGAUCAACGACACCAUGCCCCUCAACAAGAUCAACUACCGCCGCGCCUGGAAGAGCUCCCACAUCCUUCCUUUCCUGAGCAACAUUGCCAUCGAGCGCCUCAACUGCAGUGGCAGCUACGGCUACGACGAUGGCGAGUACUACCGCGUCCUGGUCAACAGCGCACCUCAGCCUCUGCCCGCCUGUGAGGAUGGUCCCGGCACUAGCUGCACCCGAGACAGCUUCGAGGAGUACAUCCAGGCCCGUGUUGACAAGUUCACUGGCUUCUCUGAGAAGUGCGGUGUCGAGUACGAUAACUCGACUGACAUUCUGUCGAUUUACCAUGAAUAA